AUGCCUAUGUGGACAGAGGCAUUACAAACUCUUGGGGGUGCAGAUUCGAGGGGCACGAGUGCGACGUGCGAACGUCUCUGCGGCGGGCUACAGUCCAUGCUCAAUUGGUCAACAUGGUCACUAGAAGCCAAGUUCCGGGCUUACAAAGUGUUCCAUGGAAACAAAAAGACAAGACCCCAUAUAUUAAUUUUGAAGCCCAAUCAAACGGAGUCGACAACGUUGCAAGAAAUGGCUGAUCUUAAUGAAAUUCGUAGAAUGUAUGAGAUGGUGGAUGAAAAUGCAGAUGGAGAAGUGAGCGUGAGUGAGAUAUGUGGCUUCAUGAACAAGCUCAGAAUACCAAUCUCAGAAGAAGAUGUGAGAUUUAUGCUCAGCACUUCUCUUCAAAAGGACUGUAGUGGCCUGCGAUUUGAACAAUUUGUUGAGGUAUAUCAAUCCAUUCUAAACAAUAAAGACCAUAAAGCGAGAGAUGAUUCAGAAGAUUUGAUGGAAGCAUUCGGUGUAUUUGAUGAGAAUAAAGAUGGAUACUUAACUUCAGAGGAGCUGCAACAUGUCUUGUCCACCAUGGGAUUGAUUCCAUGGAGCCAAGACCUGCAACAGUGCGAACAAAUGAUAUGUCGAUUUGAUUUGGACGGCAAUGGAGUGUUGGACUUCGCUGAAUUCAAGAUUAUGAUGUCUUCUGAACCUUCUCCAUGA